AUGUUAGACAAUGAUGGCGUUUACGAAGAAAUGCUAACAAGCUUCCUAUCAAGACACAUGCACAGUAAAGAUCACCGGCCUGUACUAAGGAUUACAGACAAUGUUACAGUCACCUUCGGAGUAACAUUAAAUCAAAUAGUAGAUGUGGUAUGUACAGAUAAUCCUUUUUACAUAAUUUUGUUAAGUUAUCAGCCGUGGCAUGUUAAAAAAUUAGUUGGCCUGUCUUCAUAACUAAGGAUGUUUGAUGGAUUUUCUGUGCAUGAUCUCCGAAAGAGUUUACCUUUUCGUUGGCUUGCGGAAGGCAGGACAGGAUGGAUAUUUUCUGUUGACUCAGAGACCAAGGGCCAUCAUCUUAUUCUUGCUUAUUUGUCUAAAACCGUAUAUCAACAACUAGAAUAUACCUAUAUCUCUAAUAUGUACCCCUAUAGAGGACGACCAGAAAAAAAAAUCAGCCCAUAUAAAAGAAUUAUCAAAAUUGCUAUAGAUGUUAUGUAAGGUUCCCUUUACGCUUCAGGUCGAGAGAGAACAGAUAUUAAAACUGAGUCUUUGGAUUAGACAGGUUAGUUUAAGUUUGUUUUAUAUCGUGACUACAACUGUAGUGAGUGCCGCGGCGUUCAUUGGUAGUUUUGUUUCAAUCUGCGGCAUUUAAUCGCGUAAAUGGCGCAUUUCAGCUUAGGGGCUGGAAGUUUGUAGGUAAAUUUAAUUAACCAUGCACCACGUGCCUUGAGAAAGAGCAGAAAUUAUAAGGGCUUCGGGGUAACUCCAGUCGGAAAUGCUUAUUUUAAAAACUCUCUCAGAUAUAAAACAUUGCCCAAGGCUAUUCAGUAUCUUCUUAGUUUGCCCUUGUGCAUGUAAGAGGUAUUUACCAUCCGUAAUUACCGCAUUAUGGACUUGUGUUAUCACAGACAUUAUCAUUAUUUAGGUCAAUAAUGCUGUAUUUUUCAUUAUCUUUAGAAAUGGGUCAAUUCUUUAUUACGCUGGAACGUGAGUGAUUUUGGCGGGAUUACAGAAAUAAACAUUGAUCCAGGAAAACUUUGGUUACCUGAUAUCUACCUCUAUAACAAGUAAGCCCAUGGUAUUAUUGUUUUUGUUUUUUUUUGGCAUUUUACAAGUUUUACGGGCGAAUGUUAUUACCUAUGCUUUGACUAACAAAAAUCUUCCACUCAUGCAAGCAUUUUUUCUCGCCGUGUUGAUUAUUUUAAUGGCUAACUUUAUGGCUUGCCAGCCUAUCAACAACAACACCAAAUGCUUUAUUGCAUGACCGUAAAGGAAUUACAGCACUGCAAAAGCUAUUAGUCUAAUUUUAAGUACUAAUUCAACUAAUUGGUACGUGCAAAACAUUACAAGACGUUACAGUUCUCAUUCAUUCAUUCAUUGAUAUUAAUUUGGUUCUUAAUUCAAAGCAUUGCAAGAUAAAUGAAACUAAUUGACAGUUCACUAAAUAAUCAGAAGAAUUCAUAAGAAGAGAUAUUAAAGUAUCGUGUGAAAGUGAUUUGAAGUCAGUUAUUUCAGUUUCUAGUUUGGAGAAAAAUAUCUGAUCUGAGAAUAAGCCUUACAAUCUAGUAGGAAAUGAUUUUCAUCUUCAAUUUUGUUACUGCCGACAAAAGGAACAUAUCCUUUCAGUACGAGGGAUUUUUUCGUAUCUACCUGUUUCAAUUCUAAGUUGAUGACUACUUAUUCUAAAUUAAACUAAUGCUUUUCUCGAAGGGUUUUUUCUUGUUAAAACCUAGGUACGGCAUAGUCAUCUUUGAUUGUACAAUAAAAACUGAUGCAAUAUUCUGCAGCUAGAUUAAUUUUAUGGAAAGCUAGGCAUGUCAUAUAACUCCUUUGUUGUACAGCCUUCACUUCAUCGUAAUCACGAUGAUGCAUGUUCAUUAUUUCAGUAAUUAUUAUAAAAUCACGUAGAUGAGAGUCAACCACAACGAACCCAGAAAAAAAUUCUGAGUUUGAGCCCACGGUCCGCUACAUCCUGCACCCAAAGCACACUCGGGCUCGAAAAUCCGGUGCGUCUGUCGUUAGAAGAAAGAAGAAGUCUUUCAUAUUUCGAUUUUAUUUUCAGCGAGUAUCAGGAGCAUUUUCAAAAACUCAUCAAUAAUUCAUAAAGAAAAAAAAAACAAAAGAAAUUAAUGUCUAUUGAGUGUCGUUAUAUCUGAUAAAGACACAGCAAAACUUAACGUCCAUUUUUUAGACUAAAAUACGUAACCCCAAAUCUAAAUCUACCAGGAUUUUUGAAAACCGGGUUAACAAACAUUUGGUAAUUUCUCUCAACUUCCCCUGUCUUAGCUUGUUUACUGCGUUGUUUGCUUAUGUCUCAUAUUUUUCUUGGUUAUUUCGUGGUUAGGGAUUUGUGUAGAAGGGGCUGUAGACAGAAUUUCGCGAUUUUCUAUAUAACCCUCCUCCCCCCUCUAUCUUUGGUAUUUUUCACGGUCCCUACCCACAAUUCUCUCAGUCUCUAACACAGGUCACAGUUAUUUGAAAUCAGGGCGCACCUAAAGCUAGUUUCGGGACCGUUUAUAUUUCGUUGUUGGUCACCUUGAGAAAAGUUUUCCGGAGAGCAUCAUGUAAAGCUCUGAGAUGGGACAAAGCUAAUACGAUUAGCAGAGUCUGCAUCAUCCAAUAUAGUACCCUAAACAGAUCAAUGACCGUGAUCGGGGCUGAGAAUUGUUCGCUUUUGCAAGGUGACCAUGGCCUAAACUGCUGUAUUCGCAGGCUAAGGUGACCAUCGAGGGUUCUAGGCGUCAAAUCAAUUAGGCGAGAGCAAAAAUGCAGGUGAUCUUUGACCCUGGCGGGGUCGGGUGUGAAAACAGAGUCUAUGCUAGUCUGCCGACCGUGUGACUUUACAUCCGGGAAACUUGAAUAACAAAAGUGUAAGGGAAAAGUCUAGAAGUGUUUUUUUCUGCCAAAAGGCCGAGUUUUUUAUUUGAUAUUUCGCUUGUAUUAAACGUGAAAAGAUUAUGCGUGUUUGUGGAUAGUCUUAUCAGUGCUUGGAAAGUGUAUGAUUGUGUUAUUUCCGGAUGGUGUUGACUGGUAGAACUAAGGUAAAAACCAAUUCUCGACUCAAAAAAAUGGGAUCUAGGUCUAGUUUCAGCGGGCUCUUGGCUUCGAACAAUAGGCCGGUUUUUACAGAUCCGGAAGGUGAUAAUUUGUGUCUCAGUGUUUCAGAGUUGUCUAUUCCAUGCGAAAUCCUGUAAUCCUGUCAUUUAUCGGCCCUAGAAAAAAAAGUAGUAUUUGGUUAGCUAUUUAAGUUGUUAUGUAAGCCUUAACCAGUCACUUUUUGACCACAUUUUACGCAACUUUCUAGACUGAAAUGAUACCGGUUUGAAACUUCACGGAGCCAGAUUACUGAAAAGAUUUUAAAUUUGGACACGAUGAAAUGCACUAACUUACUGCCCGGCGUCAGACAUGAAAGGCCUUUCACUGGCCUUUGAAUGAUUUUUAAUUGUUUUAAAUUGCCAAGUACUAGAAAUCUACCUCGUCCUCCAGCAUCCCGUCGGUGUGCUACCUAUCACAAGACUCGUGAUAUCUAUCUGCAGUCUUUUCGAAGUGAUAUCAAAAAAUCUUCGCCGGACAAUAACAACAUUACUAGCUUUGACGAGCAAAUCGUUGCAUAUGAAAAAACGCUUCGCUCCCUGUUCGACAAGCAUGCCCCACUAUUAACCAGGACAAUUACUGUAAAAUCACAUUCUCCCUUAAGUUGACGGACGACCUGAGAGAACUGAGGCGGGAAAGAAGGCGCUAUGAGAGAAAAUACCUGUCCACUCGCCUUAAAGUUAAUAAGCAUAUCUAUCAAGAUAUUUGUCGUAAACACAACCGUUCCAUAAGAGCGACUAAAGCCAGCUAUUACAAGAAAGAGGUCGAGGCGUCGAAUCAGAAGCAACUUUUCAAGUGUGUUGAUGAAUUGUUCAACAUCAAAUGUGCUCCUGCUUUACCAAAACAUGAUUUCCUCGAGACUCUUGCCGAAAGUUUUGCUGAGUGUUUUGAAUCUAGAAUUAUCAACUUGAGGUGCGGUCUCUCUCUGCAACCUGUUCCACGAUUUAAAUUCGAUUUAACGGCCGAGUCCUGCCGGAGCUCUCUAACAGAUUUUUAGCGUACUUCCGAUAACGACUUUAAAAAAAUCAUCCAUUUUUUCAAAACCUAAAUCCUGCUCUCUUGAUCCACUUCCGACAUGGCUUCUAAAAAACUGCGUCGAUGUCCUUCUACCGACCAUAACCAUCAUUAUGAACUUGUCUCUUGAGAGAGGCUUUUUUGCUUCUGAUUUCAAGGAGUCGAUUGUUCGUCCUCUUAUAACAAGAAAGAAACUCCUGACUCCGACCAGCUUAGUAACUACAGGCCUAUUUCCAAUCUUUCGUUCCUGUCAAAGACACUUGAAAGAAUCGUCGCCUCUCAAAUCGAUGAAUAUCUCCAUGACAAUGGUCUUUAUGCCAAGAUGCAGCCGGCCUACAGGAAGUAUCAAAGCACUGGAGACUGCACUAAUUAGUGUUAUUAACGACAUACAGCCUGCUAUUGAUGAUCAGUGUCAGUCCAUUUUGGUUUUACUCGACCUUUCCGCUGCCUUCGACACAAUUGAUCACGCAAUCCUUCUUGAGAGUUUACGAUUUUGUUAUGGCUUUUCCAACCUAGUUCUUCAGUGGUUCACUUCGUAUCUUGUCGACCGUCCUCAGUGCAUAGUAUUGGACAAGUUUUCUUUGCGUUGACUGGAAGCUUUAUUCAACCACACAUAUAUAAACAAACCAUUAAACCAGAAUCUUGAUAGAAGCUGUAUUUCAUACUGUUGCAGCAUUGAAAGAACACAAAAAUAUAAAAUUACACAAUGUUUCAGUGAAGAUGCUGCGCUAGUUUUCACGUAAAUACACCUGCCAAAACGUUGACUAAUCUGAGAAUAGCGACCCAGGGAAAAGCAAAGCCUUCAUUUCAAAAUAUAUUUUGAAAAGUUCUUUGGUCAUAAGUCAAACCAAAGAAAAAAAAAAGAUUUUUACUGGAACAACUCCAUGGGCUGCCUCUGGGUGAACAGGUUAACUUUCGCCAAUAAAAAAGCAAGCUGUAUCUUAUAGCCUCUCCCUGGCAGAAUCUUCUUAAUCCCUCCCUGAAAGUCUGUACGGGCGGACGGGCGGGUGUUUGCUGACGUCAUUACCACAUUUUCUCGCAUCGAUAGGUUUCCAAUUCCUGUAGUUAUUUCAAGCGUUUCAAUCGUGAUGCUUUCAUUGAAGAUCUAAACAAAGUUCCAUGGUCAUUAAUAAAUUCCUUCGCGGGUGUUGAGGACUCAUGGGACUCAUUUAAACAGCUUUUUGUUGGUUAAGUCGACGAUUCUCAUGCCCCAAGAAUCCGCGUGCGAGUCAGGGGACAAAAGGUACCAUAGCUGACACGCAAGGUGAAACAACUAAUGAAUAAAAGAGAUCACUUACAUAAUCUGGCAUUGAGGACGAACAAUGAACUUCAUUGGAGCUCUUUCGUUGCUUAGCAAAUUAGAGUAUUAUGGUGUAUGCGAUGACGAACUACUUUUUUUUUUUUUCUGGAAGAAAGCAGUUCGUGCACAUUGAUUCUCAUUCAUCUGAAGAGCUAGCUAUAACUUCUGGAGUGCCGCAGGGGUCCAUCUCAAAGGCAUAAAGAGCGCGAUUGCAAUUUAAAACUUAAUCUUCUCGGAAAGUCCGUACCUUGCGAAACUACUUUUAAAUACCUAGGCGUGGUGUUCGACAACUUUAUGAAUAUGUGUGUAAAAAGGUGGCGUCAAACGUACUGGGCCGUGUCAGAAGUUUCGUCACAAAAGAGGCAGCAACACUUCUUCAUAACACUUUAGUUCUUUCAUUAUUUGAUUACUGUGACAUUGCUUGGAGUAACCUUCUAUAACAAGAUAUAGAUCGACUACAGCGCCUACAGAAUAGAUCUGCCGGGAUUAUCACACGUUGCUCUCCUUCAUCUGAAGAAAUAGAGCAGCUACACUGGCCGACUCUUUCCAGCAGACGCUCUUACCACAAGGCUAAACUCGUUUUUCUCUGUCUUCACUCAUUAGUUCCUAGUUAUUUCUCAUUAUUUUUCACUAGAGUUUCGAACAUUCGCAAUUAUUCCACAAGGCAAAGUAUGAGGCUAUCCCUACCAAACGUUAAACAGAAUUUUGGGAAAAGGACCUUUCUGAUUGCUGGCGCAACGAUUUUAAACAAACUCCGUUUAAACAUCGAGAAGAGUGAAAACAUUUAGACGAUCUGCUGCCGAGCAAGGCAUUUCUUUUUAUCACAGCUUUGAUAUAUUUUCAUAAUUUAGGCUUUGAAAGUGAUUUUGCAUUGUAUUUUUAGGCUUUUUAAUGUAGUUCUUAAAUUCUAUUAUUGUAUUUCUAUAAGGCUCUUUAAAUGUAAUAGUUUAUGAUAAUUCUUAAUGUAGAUUAAUUUUCAAAUAUACAGGGACCCUAUGGAGACCUGCAGCCUUAUGGCUGUAUGGGAUACCCUGUGUAAAUUAAGUUUUACUUUACUUUACUUUUUUUUUUACUUUAGGUUCCGCCGUGCAAACGGCUCCGCUAUCAUUAUUAUUAUUAUUGAUCCUUCUUGUAGCCUGCGAAAACAUCCGUUUCUCCUCGCUCUUCGCCGCUUCUUCCGUGCGAAACGUCCCCAGCGGCGAAGAGCGAGGAGAAACGAAUGUUUUCGCAGGCUAUCCUUCUUGCUAUCCCGGUGCUUGUGUUUAUUCAUUUCAUGUUUAAUAUCGACUUUCAGUGCCGAUGAAGACCACGAUGGUUCCUUGGAUAAAAUGAAAACAAAAGUCAAAGUAGAUCAUAAUGGAACCAAUCAAUGGCUGGCGCCAUUGAUGCUUAAAAGUUCCUGUAAGAUUAAUGUUCGCUACUUCCCGUUUGACGAGCAGGUAAGCUUACAACUGUCAAAGGUGUUGAUUUGGGCCAUCGACAUAAAGAACACAGUAGAAGUAGUAGUACUAUUUGAUCUUUCCACCUCUUGAAAAGGAUUGUUUUCAGUUUCAUAUUUUUAACCCCAGAAAAUAUUUCUAACUGUACCAACAACACAGUUCUAAUUUUUGUUGACACAAAUAUCAUGUUCGCUUCAGGAUAAUAGUUUGUUCUUUGGCAGGCCUGUAAUCUGAAGUUCGGAUCGUGGACGUACGACGCAUGGCGCGUAGAUAUCAAAGCUGAGAAUUCAAGUGCAGAUCUUAAGACAACACAAGUGAACGGCGAGUGGGAAUUACUUGGAUUUCCCUGUAAACGAAAUACAAAGGUUUAUGAGUGCUGUCCACAGCCUUACUCUGAUGUUACUUGUACCCUGAAAAUACGACGAAGGACAACAUACUUUUUCGUCAACUUGAUUGUUCCUUGUUUUCUCAUAACGCGUAAGUACGAGGAGCACUUUUUAAAAAACUGGAACGCUCUAAAUAACUUGCGCGUUAGACACCCCUGAAGGUGUCCGGUAACCUUAACUAACGCUUUCACCAUAUUUACUUACAUCUUAAAAUUUCGGUUCACCUUGCAAGACAAGCAAAAGCUAAAAGUUGAUUUUGUUCAAUAUUUUACACUUGGGAAUCCAAAAUAGAGUGAGAAGUUGAUAUCAUAUUUUCAUUUAUUCUCUAGUCUUGUCUCUACUUUCGUUUUUCCUUCCAUCUGAAGCUGGAGAGAGAAUCACCUUGGUGAUAACUAACAUGUUGGCCCUUACAGUGUUCAUGCUGAUUGUAGCAGACAUUUUACCCGCGACAUCAGAAGUAGUACCACUUAUCAGUGUAUAUUUCACCAGUAUAUUGAUAGAGGUAGGUAUUGCUAACUGUCCAGCAACUUUUUUUCUUUUAACAAAUUUUUUACAAAGCAAAGCGCAAAGUUAGAGCUACAUCUCAUUUUUAAAGUUGAGAAAAAGUCUUUUAAGAGUGUUUGCCUCAUAAGUUUGAUCAUAGAAAAUUGUAAGCUUCGGGAGUUUGGGGUUUUGCAGAUUUAAGGGUCUUUGGCCGCUCGUCUCUUCUAGCUGGAGCCUUCUUACGUUCUCUUUAAGACUUGUAAUACGGAGUCUCCGAGUUCAUGUCCUACCCUGACCGAUAGCUAGAUUUGUUCUCGGUUUUUCUGAGUUGAAAUCCAUGGCCAUGAUUGUAAAAGAGUAAGCUAUUUCGCCUCCUGCCAGUUGGGAUUCUUAACCAUGUCAUGUUCCAUUUGAGUUUUUUGUUUCAUUAUCCCUGAAAGCCCCAUAAGGGAAGAGGAAAUGUAUUAAAUUUAAAUUCCAACUAAGGCUACCGUAAGUAUCUCGCGAUACCGGGACGUUCUAAAACUUGUAGAAUUAGUUUAGAUUCUUAUUAAGAAAGGAAAGUAGUCUUUAUUUUCUUCUGAACCAACUGCCUUGUAGCCUCCACCACGAGGAGUAGCUUAGAGCAUGAAAAUGCUCACAACCUCAGUACUGGUUUUGGCAGUCGCUUUAGCGACUGAGGGAUAUCCAAAUUACGACCUUAUCCGCUGGAUCAAUUUCACUAACUUUUUAUAUAUAUUCGUUCUAUUCUUUGGCUAGUAUAACCAGUUUGAAACGAUUUUAGUUAUUUUGGUCCAUGAUCAUGUCUUUGAAAAUAUUUUUACCACUUAAACGUCUAUUUCUCUCAAUAGGUUGGCUUGUCAUUAAUAGCUACUUGUAUAGUACUUAAGUGUUACUUCACAAACCCAGCCUUCUCAGAAGUUCCUUUCUGGAUCCGCCAGUUAGUUAUUCAAGGACUAGGUCAGCUGUUAAAGAUUGAAGCAAAGAGAGAACGCAAAAAAUCACAGAAAAAAGGAAAACCUGUUGAGGAAGGUAGAAGGUCCAGACGCAAGUCCAUGGCAGACGCGUUGGAUCCAAAUUUCGACAAUUAUAGUCAAAUCUUGUCAGGCCAAAGAAAUAGCCUACCAAACGCUAAACCAAAACGCCCUGAUUCGUUGGCGGAGCAGACGGGUCCAAAUUUCAGCUCUCAGAAUCAAAACUAUCUGGGCCAAAAAAAAGGCGAGUCAAACAACAAACCUAAGCGACCCGUUUCCAUGGCUGAGUCGCUGGAUCCGAAUCUUAACUUGUGCCAUCACAGUCAUUCAAGUCGCAGAAACACGGCAGGGAACAUUAACUUGCUUGAGCCCAGCGUACCUCCGUGCGGGGCGUGUCAUGAACUGACUGUGGAUAUGCUUCACUUGGGACCUGGGCUGCCUGUCAAGAAUCUAUGCCGCUUCCCAUCUCGUCAGUCGCUAAGGAGAGAGUCCUGGUGCGAGAAUCCUUUAAGCGAAAAGGCCGAAGUGAACACCAACGUUCAGUCCCAAACCUUCUUGAUAGGCGCGCUUCUGCAUCGGCAGGAUCAUCUGGUGGACUAUGUUAAGACAUUGGUUGAAGCUGUUGAAGAACAGGACGAGCAUGAUUCAAAACGGGAGGAAUGGGUCCUGGUGGCGGAAAUAUUGGACACUUUUUUUUUGUAUGUGUUCGUAGUUGUAAUGAUUGGUUCAACUCUUCUGAUAUUUACUGCAGGAACCUCAUGGUGA